AUGUUCCUCAACCUAGCCAAUUCACGAUAUACAAAUGGAAUUGAAGGAGAAUUCAGUACGAUUAGUUGUACACGACGUAAGUCCUCGAAUUGGGGGACGCCCAAACCCAUAAGAUAAGAAUCACCCAUGUUGCAUACCUACCUAAGGUAGGUAGCUGCUUGAGCAUUCGUCACCGGAGUCUAGACAACGAAUGGGACUUUAUAAUAUUAUCCCGGGCUUAGAUCUAUUCCACCUCCCCUUAAGGCCCAACGCCGGAAAAACCACCAAGACGCAACACGAUCACAUCAUGUGCACAGAAACAGCUUAUACACUCCGAUGUGAGCACGUCGUCACCCGAACCCUUUAUUGCUCGGAUGCUCCUCCGCCAUCUCGGCGGUCGUGCGAAGAACGGAGAACUUGUAUUAGGGUUUUUCGGAAUGCUGUACCUUGGCCGCCCCCACCGCAAUUCGGAACGCGAUGUCCUCUGUCAAAUUGCCCAUUCGAAAAACGUGGGGGUCAUUGGAAUUGUUGUUGGUGUGGUAAGGAGUGGAAUAAUCAAGGCGAGUUAAGGCGAACUCCCUUCCCUCAAAUCGAUCCUUUCUGCAACCUCUAAUGUCGCCGCAGGUCGCUGUAGCUGUGUGAUGAUCAUUGACAGGCAAGAGUAUCGCUGCGGGCACAUCUGCUGUGAAACAUGCGAGGCGGCUACCGAGGUUCACUAGGGAGGGUAUGUAAAGCCGCGGCGCAGCACGAGCUACCUUGAGCAGGCAGGCCGACGAGCGGAAUAAUGCAAUGAUUACGGACAAGUAUGAAGAGAGAAGGCUCUGCGUCACAAUUCGGAUAAGGCCGUCGUUGGAGAUGAAAGUGGCUGCCAGUCAUAGAUUAGUUUCGAUGUACAUCCAGUAUAACUGUGUAAGAUAUGAUCAAUGUGGCGGGCCUCGAUGAAAGCCCAAAAACAACAUUUUGCGGGAACACAGGGAACAUAACAGGAAGGUGAUUUUAGUGUGAUAACCUAGUCUUAGUGCCUUAAUC